AUGCGUCUAUUUGUCUCCGUUGCCCUUGCGGCCUUGGCCUCGACCGUCAGCGCAGCGACAUUCGACUGGGACUGCACCAACGCCCUUGGAACAUGCCAGAACUACUGUUUCUACGCACAGUGCCGGGGCGGCGCAGGCCAGCAAUUUACCUAUGACUCGGAUAAGACCAAACGUCCCGGCCGGAGACAGGCGUCCGGGUGCAGCAGAACCCCCUGCAGCGACACCAGCCUGUCGUACUCAAAGUUUGGCAACUCCUGCGACGAGUUCCCCUUUGCCAGUACGCAGGAGGGCGGGUCCGGAGCACGCCUGCGGUGCGUCGAUUCGUCGGAGAACAGCAGCGAGGGUGGCCAGCUUGGCGCCUUCUACGGCACCAUAAACAACGGCGACAAGUUUGGCAUCACCAUUGAGAACUGGAAGGGAGCUUCCUACUGUGAGGACAACCCGUCCUGCACGAACGACGGGGGCGAAUUCUUCCUGGACCCGACUGGCAACUUCGUCGACGGCAGGAGGAGCAUUGCUGGCCGUGGGCUUAAGCUUGAUCCGGGCUACAGCACUCCAGCGGCACGGCUCAGGACAAUUAAGACGGAGGAUGGCAGCGAACAUCUGGUUAUUGCGGAGGAUAGUGCGAACCCCCUAAAGGCGGGUGACGAGAUCUGGAGUGCGCGUCGGAAUGCUACUUUGAAGAUUGUGGACUGA